AAAACGGGUCCGUUCUCAGCAUGCUUAGCUCGAAAACGUUUCUGAAUCUAGUCCGCACGAGUCGUUGCAGAAUGUCGUCCUCAUUUGCUCCGAAGCCAGCCGAAAGAACCGCUCAGCACUCUGCAUCUAUUUGGGUUGAGUUCACUACUUUAGCUGCUGAAACCAAAGCCGUCAACCUCGGACAAGGAUUUCCUGACAGCCCGGCUCCAAAGUUUGUCACUGAUCUCCUGGAAAACCUAUCCAAGCACCCAGAGCUUACCGCAGCUCAUCAAUAUACGCGUGGGUAUGGCCACCCAAUGCUAGUCGAUAUCCUGGCCAAGAUGUACUCCCACUUCUACAAUGUCCAAGUUGACCCAAUGAAUGAGGUUCUGGUGACAGUUGGAGCCUACCUCUCUCUAUAUUAUGCGUUUUUGGGAUGGGUGAACAAGGGAGACGAGGUUCUUAUCAUCGAGCCAGCCUACGACUGUUACUACCCACAAGUCAAAUUUGCCGGCGGAGUCCCUGUCCCAGUAGUGAUGAAUCUUGCGGAAGGAGCCACCAGUGCCUCGCAAUUCACCAUUGAUUUUGCUGAUAUGGAGAGCAAGAUCAACGAGAAGACCAAAAUGCUUGUCAUCAACAAUCCGCACAAUCCCACCGGAAAGCUGUUUUCCCGUCAUGAAUUGGAAAAGUUGGCUGAGAUCGCGAAGAAGCAUAACUUGAUCGUGAUUGCGGAUGAGGUUUAUGAGUUCCACGUGUGGGACAAGAAUGAUAUGGUUCGCUUUGCUAGUCUUCCCGGAAUGUACGAGCGCACAAUAUCCAUUGGAAGUGCUGGCAAGGCAUUCUCAGUCACUGGUUGGAAGCUGGGAUGGGCUGUCGGUCCAAAGCAGCUCCUCGAGCCGUUGAAAGCCAUUCACCAGAACUGCGUCUUUACCUGCUCCACACCAACUCAAAUGGCUAUUGCCGAAGCUUUCCGUCUUGACUGGCCAAAGUUCUUGAGUGAUCCAGAAAACUCUUACCUGGCCACUGGACUGUCUGGAGAGCUCCGCGCAAAACGUGACAAGUUGGCAAAAAUGCUGGAGGAAGGUAACUUCCGACCUAUCAUCCCAGACGCUGGAUACUUCAUGCUUGCUGAUUACGUUCAUCUUAAGGAAGGCAUCAAUCUGCCCACUGAAGAAGACCCAGAUGACUUUGUCUUCUCUAGAUGGCUUUGUCGCGAGAAGAAGCUUGCAGUGAUCCCUCCAUCAGCUUUCUACUCGGCUCGUGACAACAAAUUGAAGAACAGCAAUAUGGUCCGUCUCUGCUACUUCAAGAAAGACGAAACUCUUGAUGCAGCUGAAGAGAUUUUGAAGAAGCUGGGAAAGCAAUAGAUUCUAUGACCUUAUGAUCUAAGUUAAUUCUGUAUGCGUUUCUAGCCCAGUGUUAGUCGUUUUUGCUCAAUCUCAUAAUUAUUACUGUUCAAAUAUAUUUGUUUCAUAGGCUAGCACAAUAAAUAUUAUUGAUUUGU